AUGGCUCCCGCCGUGGAAUGGUCAGAUUCGCACCCCGGGCAUUCACACAUACGAUAUAGAGUCACAGAAAUGGCUCCCGCCGGCACUCUGCGAGCCCUUGUUGAAGGGAUUUCCUCAAGGAGCUGGAUUGUCAGCACAUACGGCGACAGAAAUGAAGUCAGUCGGGCCGAAAAACACUUUCUCUGCUUUCAUUAUAGCUCCACUGCCCUCUCGACAAACACGCUUGUAACACUCGGCGGGCGGAACGAUCGUCCGGUGGAGUUGGUUUCGUGGUCCCGAUCAACCGGCCGCCGUCCUUCAACAGAUUGGCCCGGAGAGUUGGUAUUCCCACAAGGACGCUGCCCUUUGGUUUCUUCACUUAUUCAUGAGAUACGUUCAAACAAGUUAUCAACAGCAAAGCCGUCAUCCUCAAAUCAAAGCUGUUCACGAGGCCACGCUGCAAUACCCGGAGAUGGUGGCGUCUUGGUGUCCGGUGGAGAUGGGUUUAACGCUUUGGUUCGCGAUCCGCUGGACACAGCCUAUGCGUUUGUCUAUAACGACGCUGAGAAGAAGGGUGUUCUAUACAACUGUUCACGAGGCCACGCUGCAAUACCCGGAGAUGGUGGCGUCUUGGUGUCCGGUGGAGAUGGGUUUAACGCUUUGGUUCGCGAUCCGCUGGACACAGCCUAUGCGUUUGUCUAUAACGACGCUGAGAAGAAGGGUGUUCUAUACAAGCCUUGGAUAUUCGGGAAACUCCAUCAGAAACUGCCUGAAAUGAAAGAACCACAAGAGCGGCUACCGGCCGCUUCCCUCAUCUAUCGUGGCUGGUUGUGCUCUCAUUCAAAAGAUCUUGCUCUAGAAGUUCACUUGAAGCUAAUUAACCAAUCAAGUGCGCUUUCGACACAGGAUCUACGCUUAUUUACAAAGUUGUGA